AAUUUACUUUGCCCUUGAGCCGAAGACACCGGCAAGAUGGAAGGACUAGGAAACGGGAUCAGAAACAUCGGCAAAUAUGACCCUAACUAUAACCCAAGGGUGCAUGGCACAUACGACCCCUCACGGUGGUAUGGAAAACCUGACAAACCCUUUAUGGAUGUGACUGUCAAGGAACUACCAGCCUGGAUUUCGAGAAGGGAUAUAAGUCCAUUUGGAAUUGCAAGGGCUUUUGGCCGAGGUUAUGCAACUUUCAAGAACAACUUUUUUUCCUCCAAAAACAGUAAUUGGAAGGUGUUCAUGAUUAUGUGUAUACCUGUUGCAAUUCUUGAAGCACAGCAUCACUUUCAUACUGUUUUUGACAAGAGGAAAUACGAUUGAGAACGAGUGCUAUGGAAGGUAUUCCAAUGGAUGGACUAUUGGGUGGAUUUAUAGACACUUCUUGGUGUGUUAUUGUAGAAAUAAUAAAAUGUUUCGAAUGAUUUUUAUUUC